AUGUGGAGAUCAGCGGCAGGACAUAACGUUCAACUAGAUAAUGCUGACGACGAUGACUGGGACACCGAUCCUGAUUUUGUUGUAAGUUUUUUGAAAGUUUUUUGGAGAGCAUUCCUGCAUCCGUAAUAAAGAUCGACAUCGAGGAGGUCGUUCUGAUGGUGAUCUUUCGAUGUCGGUUUUAAGCUAAAAUUCAGCGAAUUGUUGGCUAUCAGUACGAUAUUUAUUAAGAUAUCAGUUCGUAGUUGCUGCGUCAUCGUUCCCUGGCUAUCAGUUAAGAUAUUUUGUCAAGAAAAUGGUCAUGAACUCACAAGUCUUUGGGCAGUGAACCCCAUAUUUUAAUUUGGCCCUCAUAUCGGUAAAUUUCGACAAUAUCCAGCCAUCGAUAUAAGCUUAAAUGGUCAAGCAUUGUUUAAAAGUUUGUUUAAGCUAGAAACAUUAAAGUUUUAUUAGCAAAUUGAUUAAGCUUAUAAUUGAUUUCUCCAUUUUAAUCAUUUUAUAAAAUGUGGAAGUAGGUUGUUUAUAAUACUACCGUAUAAGGAUGUAGUUUACUUCCGGUCAGAUAUCGAUUACAUUUUCAUAGUUUUGAAGUCAAAAAAGACUUUUAUUUUGUUUGCUAGCUAUUUUAUUGUAUAUAGGCAAGCAGAUUUGCUUAAUAUAAUGAGAUCUGCUUGCAUUGUGGAGGGUUUUGGUUAAUAUUAAUGACCUUGUUUUGAAAAUAUUCAUAAAUCAGUGAAAAGCCAACACACCAACCCUAGCUGAGGGAAAAGCCUUGGUGAAAGUGCAUUAACUGAGCUAACUUUAUUUAUACUGGAUAGCUCUAUCAGUUCUAAACUGUUCUGCCUAGAGGUCCAGUAAGGAUCAUCUCUUAUUGAUCCAGUGUUACUACAGGAGAAAACCUAAACUAAACUAACUUUAUUUAUACUGGAUAGCUCUAUCAGUUCUAAACUGUUCUUCCUAGAGGUCCAGUAAGGAUCAUCUCUUAUUGAUCCAGUGUUCUUCCUAGAGAUGCAGUAUGGGUAAUCAAAUAUUGAUCCAAUGUUUACUAUAGGAGGAAGCCUAAACCAAACUAAUUUUGUUUUUCUGGAUAUUACCAUUUGCAUUCAAGCAUGACACGUUAAACGACGGGCAGAAAUAUAUUAGUCCUUGUAAUUUUAUUUUGGUUUGUUGUCUCGACUCGACACAAAAGAGAAAAUGACUGUUGCAAAACGCAAAGUUACCCCCAUGUCAUCAUUAUUUUGACAUGUGAAACGUAAAGUUUCCAAUCACAACGUUGGUUGCAAAACUCAGAAACAACUUUUUAUCGCUAUUAGUUAGUUAGUUUAUUUGAACUUCCAUGGCAGCAUACACUGAAUUGCAGAAGUUUUACAUUAUGAUUAGAUAGAUCAACCGGACUGACGUAAAGCAGACCGAGGUAGACUUUGAGCUUACAAAUGGCGCUUGAGCAACCGCUAUUAGUCCAUACCUCAUUAAUGAUCUGCCUCCAGACCUUGUGCCUAACCCACCCUGUCAACUUUCCCUGUGGGAGGAAACACGGAGUACCCGGAGAGAACCCACAACUUUCGGCAGAGCGUUGACUUACUCUUUCCACAUUAGGACUGGGUUCGAGUCACAAUGAGAAGUCCUCAUUGAGAUUCGAACCUGCGGCCUUAGAGGUGAAAGGCAAGUGUGCUACCCACUUCGCCCCUACCCCUAUGCGAGGUAACACUGUGUCACAAACACCUAAUUUGAUCAUUUGUACACAGAAUGAUGUGUCUGAAAAAGAGCAACGAUGGGGAGCAAAGACCGUUGAAGGUUCUGGACACAUGGAGUCCAUAAAGUAUGUGAUAAGUAAAUUAUCUUUACUGUCGUUCCAAUUGAACUGUUGCUCAAAUAUUGAUUCAAUACAUUACCUUGGGCUGACCAAUUCAUUUUAUCAAGUUCCUCGAGAUAUUCAUGCACUUCCUAGUAUAAUUGUAAACUUCCUGUUGAAUAGUUUGAAUGCGCCAAUCACCUUUGUUGUUUGUGCAACUAACCAAUCAUAAAUAGAAAGAAAGUGACCAGAAAUGAUCAAAUACUUGGAAUUGGCUCUUUCACAGGAAGUGUAUGAAUAUCUCGAGGAACUUGAUCAAAUGAAUUGGUCAGCCCGAGGUAAUGUAUUGAAUCAAUAUUUGAGCAACACUUCAAUUAGAACGACAUUAAUAUUACCUGGUAUAUCUCCACUUCUGAUGAUGCAACCAUGCUUGACCUACUCUACUCUUUUUAAAGCAUUAAAGAUCUACGACAAAAUGUCACGCAAGACCAUCAGAAAAUUAAGAAAGGUAACAUGUUAGCACCGGAACUGAGAAUGAUUAACCAAAAAAUCUGACAAUGUCUUUAGUUAACCCAUUGAGCUGCAAUGCACCCCAGUGCACCCUACUUAUUUUUCUUUACUUGUCUAAUGCCAGAUGAUUUUACUUGUCAAUGGGGAAGCUCUGCAGUUUAAUGGGUUCUAAUUACUUGGAAAGUUAAGCCAUUAAAGAAUUGUAUUGUUGGUUGCCAGUGAUAUCUGGUCAGAGGUGGACAUGUUUGAAUAUUUAUAGUAAAAUAAAGAAUGAUUUUAAUACUUUGUAUACUUUUACUUUCUUUGUAGACGAGGCCUCUAAAGGGUAUCCUUUUGAUGUGCAUUUAUGA